CGGCUUGGUACAACUCGUACCGGCAGCAAUCAACGACAGCAACAUAUUUUUUCAGAUGCAUCAUCCAACGAAUCAUCACCAACAUACCGUACGCAAUUCCGUAGGGUCGUACACGACCACCGCUGAACGCACAACAAUCUUUCUUUUCGGAAUUCGUUCGGAAACCAACACCGAAUGACACCCUGGUGUCGUCACAAUUCAUUCACUCUAUCCUCUAAACGUUACCGAUAGAAAAAUCAGGCCGUUCCCACCAUACGCUGUUGGGAGCCAUAAGAGUAAUCUGAUAUGGCUCCGCAAAAUGCCCCCCGCCUGCAUUCGAUGAGGAACAGCAGGAGGGCAUGGUGCUGCCUGGUGAUCUGGUCCGUUGGAAUUUUGGUCUCCAUUGACGUCUCUACCGCUACCUGGAGCCCCCAUCGACCUCCGUUGGAAGCACACCAUCGCCUGCACCAGUUCCGUGAUCGAUCACACGCGCUUGGAGUUGUAGGGAAAUAUACCGAUGCACUCCGAGGAGGCAGCAUGGCGACGAAAUCGCAGCCGCCACAGGAACCGCCACUCCCGCAACAGGACUACCAAGAAGAGGAACAGGAACUCCUGCCGCAAGAGUACCAGCACCAACAGACUCCUCCGCCACCGCCACAACCCCACGAGGAGAAGCCCUUUGUUCCAACCAUCAGCCUGAAAUACGCCGCUAAGGCUCUGUUACACACGAGCGAAUGGAACCGGCGGCUGCUCCAGGGUGUGAAACACUGGGGACGACACCGACAACAUAUUUUGUCUUACCCGAGUCACCAUUACAUCGAGCACCAGAACCACCACCCGGAGCACGACGCACAGCAAUCAAAGUAUGUUUACGGAAACAUUCCAGUCAACGUGCAUCCGUCCCGAACAUGGAAUCCUCCCAUACAAGCGUCCUCGGGUCGAUUCCUCGAGGAAGAAGAACUGUCUCUCUUUCACGCGAAGACGUCUCGGUCCGAAACCGCUUCGCAGUCGGAUUCCAGACCAAACGAAAUCAACGACGAGACGGAGGGGGCCAGUCACUGGGGCCCCGAACUCCUGCCAUACCUAGAGCACAUUAGUGAGAUGCUGGACAUCGAAGCCGACGGCGUGGAGGUCUGUCUGGCGAUGAUCUACCUGGACCGCGCCUGCUCGGUGGAAACCCUUCGGAGCAACGGCGUUCCGCCCUGCCCUUUUUGUGCGCCGCGAACGGUACACCGAUUGGGCCUUGCCGCGCUGCUUGUGGCCGUUCAGGCCGUCCGGGGGGAUCCCCACGAGAUGCAGCACCCGUCGGAACAACAACCGAACCCGCGUUUCCGUAGGUUGUCCCAGUCGUUGGGCAUACCCGACCAUCAGCUCGAGGAGAUGGUGCACUGGAUGCAGGCCGCACUGGGCGACGAGGGCAUGUACGUGACGUUCGACGAAAUGAAGCGAUGGAGCCAAUCGUGGGAGUCCAUUUUUUCGUCGUGAGUCGAAACGGCGAACCGAACCGAGUGGAACUAGGGGAUCAGUACUUGGCAGACGCUACAAACUAAAAUUAUUUAGAUACA